UCAUCUUUGAGAGUGAACACUGUUACCGUUUGGCUUCUGGCGUUAAACAGAUAUUACAUUCCUUAACCGUAGCGCUCGCAGGCCAUUUGAUAUCUUUAUACUAAUUGCUAUUUUUGCCAACUGCGUGGCCUUAGCCAUCUACAUCCCGUUCCCUGAAGACGACUCCAACUCGACCAAUCACGACCUGGAAACAGUCGAAUAUGCCUUCCUCAUCAUUUUUACAAUCGAGACCUUCCUAAAGAUCAUAGCGUACGGAUUGGUCAUGCAUCAGAACGCGUACGUCAGGAACGGCUGGAACAUGCUGGAUUUCGUCAUCGUCGUGAUCGGACUGUUCAGUGUUACCCUAGAAGUUCUGACCAAAGAAGGGGGUCAGCAGGCAGUAGGAAGCCCCGCCCCCUCCUCACACGGCCAUGGAGGCAAACCGGGAGGCUUCGACGUCAAAGCGCUGCGAGCCUUCAGGGUUCUGCGACCCCUUCGCCUGGUCUCAGGAGUACCUAGUUUACAGGUAGUGUUGAACUCCAUCAUUAAAGCCAUGGUUCCUCUUCUCCACAUUGCUCUGCUGGUCCUCUUCGUCAUCAUCAUCUACGCCAUCAUCGGCCUUGAGCUCUUCCUCGGAAAAAUGCACGCAACCUGCUACGUAGUCGGGACAGCUUAUAUAGCGGGGGACGAGUCGGCUCCCUGCGCGGUAAACGGACACGGCCGUACCUGCAUCCUGAACGGUACGGAGUGCAAAGAAGGCUGGCACGGCCCCAACGGCGGCAUCACCAACUUCGACAACUUCCUGUUCGCCAUGCUGACCGUGUUCCAGUGCAUCACUAUGGAGGGCUGGACAGAUGUGCUGUACUGGAUGAAUGAUGCGAUGGGGAUAGAGCUGCCCUGGGUCUACUUUGUGAGCUUGGUCAUCUUCGGCUCUUUCUUCGUCCUGAACCUUGUUCUGGGAGUGUUGAGUGGUGAGUUCUCUAAGGAGCGAGAGAAGGCGAAGGCUCGUGGAGAUUUCCAGAAGCUCCGUGAGAAGCAGCAGAUGGAGGAGGACCUGCAGGGCUACCUGGACUGGAUCACGCAGGCCGAGGACAUCGACCCUGACAACGAGGAUGAGGAAGAUGGGGGCAAACACAACCGGGUCACGCUCGCUGACAUCAUGAACAAGAAGAAGAAAGGGUUAGGCUGGUUCAGUCACUCUUCUGACACUCACGCGAGUGUUCCGGGGAGCGAUACUGAAUCUGUCAACACGGAGAAAGAUGAAGAGAAAUGCUGUGACCCUCUGUGUAAGAAAAUCUCCAAGUCCAAGUUCAGUCGGCGCUGGCGUCGCUGGAACAGGUUCUGCCGCAGGAAGUGCCGCUUGGCCGUGAAAUCUGUGCCGUUUUAUUGGCUGGUGAUCAUUCUGGUGUUCCUCAAUACGCUCACCAUUUCAUCAGAACACUACAACCAACCGGACUGGCUCACAGAAGUGCAGGGGGUGGCCAAUAAGGUGCUGCUGGGGAUGUUCACGUCGGAGAUGCUGGUGAAGAUGUACAGUCUGGGUCUGCAGGCCUACUUUGUGUCGCUCUUUAACCGUUUUGACUGCUUUGUCGUAUGCGGCGGAAUCAUAGAGACGAUCCUAGUGGAACUUGAUAUCAUGUCUCCACUCGGCAUCUCCGUGCUCCGCUGUGUACGACUCCUGAGGAUCUUUAAGGUCACACGUCACUGGGCGUCUCUCAGUAACCUGGUGGCAUCUCUGCUGAACUCGCUGAAGUCCAUCGCCUCGCUGCUGCUCCUGCUCUUCCUCUUCAUCAUCAUCUUCGCUCUGCUCGGGAUGCAGGUGUUCGGCGGCAAGUUCAACUUCGACGACAUACACAAAAAGCGGAGCAGCUUCGACAACUUCCCCCAGGCCAUGCUGACGGUCUUUCAGAUUCUGACCGGUGAAGACUGGAACCAGGUGAUGUACGAUGGCAUCAUGGCGUACGGCGGCCCUUCAUCGUCGGGGAUGAUCGUAUGCCUUUACUUCAUCAUCCUCUUUGUCUGUGGAAACUACAUCCUGCUGAACGUGUUCUUGGCCAUCGCCGUGGACAACCUGGCGGGCAGUGGUUCGCUCAGUUCUAAGAAGAGAACUGAUGUCAGGCUAGAUGAUGACGAAGAAGAUUUCAAGGUUCCAGUUGAAGAUGAGAAGGAGAAUGCAGAAGAGGAGGAGGAAGAAGGGGAGGCUCCAUCAGGGCCUCGUCCCACCAUUGCAGAGCUGUUGAAGAAAGAGAAGGUCAUACCGAUACCAGAAGGCACCGCCUUCUUCAUAUUCAGCAAAACGAACCCGCUUCGUGUUUUGUGCCACAAGAUAAUAAACCACCACCUCUUCACCAACCUCAUCCUCGUCUUCAUAAUGCUCAGCUCGGUCUCCCUCGCCGCCGAGGAUCCAAUCAGAAACCACUCUUUCCGCAAUAUUGUCCUAGGCUAUGCAGAUUAUGUCUUCACUAGUCUGUUUACAUUUGAGAUUGUUUUGAAGAUGAUGACAUUCGGAGCGUUUCUCCACAAGGGGGCGUUCUGCAGGAACUACUUCAACUUGCUGGACCUGCUGGUGGUCGGCGUGUCUCUGGUGUCAUUUGGGAUACAAUCUUCGGCGAUCUCUGUGGUGAAGAUCCUGCGUGUACUGAGAGUGUUGAGGCCCCUCAGAGCCAUCAACAGGGCCAAAGGACUUAAGAACGUGGUCCAGUGUGUGUUUGUGGCCAUCAGGACUAUCGGGAACAUCAUGAUCGUUACAACGCUGCUCCAGUUCAUGUUUGCCUGUAUCGGAGUGCAGCUCUUUAAGGGGAAAUUUUACCGCUGCAACGACGAGGCCAAAUUAAGCCCGGACGAGUGCAAGGGCAUUUUCAUCUUGUACAAAGACGGAGACAUGAAUCAUCCCACCAUCCAGAAACGCCACUGGCACAACAGCGAGUUCAACUUCGACAAUGUGCUCAUGGCCAUGAUGGCGCUCUUCACCAUGUCCACGUUCGAGGGCUGGCCGGCGCUUCUCUACAAGGCCAUCGAUUCGAACAAGGAGAACUUCGGGCCCAUCUACAACUACCGUGUGGAGAUCUCCAUCUUCUUCAUCAUCUACAUCAUCAUCAUCGCCUUCUUCAUGAUGAACAUCUUCGUGGGUUUCGUCAUCGUGACGUUUCAGGAGCAGGGAGAGAAAGAGUACCAGAACUGUGAACUGGACAAGAACCAGCGCCAGUGUGUGGAGUACGCCCUUAAAGCCCGACCUCUGAGGCGCUACAUCCCUAAAAACCCCUAUCAGUACAAGUUCUGGUACGUGGUGAACUCCACAGCCUUCGAGUACAUCAUGUUUGUCCUCAUCAUGCUCAACACGAUCUGCCUGGCUGUGCAGCACUACGGGCAGUCUAAGACCUUUAGCUACGUGAUGGACAUCCUGAACAUGGUGUUCACCGCAGUCUUUACUGUGGAGAUGGUCCUCAAACUGAUCGCCUUCAAGCCCAGGCAUUAUUUCACUGAUGCUUGGAACACGUUUGAUGCCUUAAUUGUAGUUGGUAGCGUCGUAGAUAUUGCUAUCACUGAAGCCAACCCAGCGGAGGGGGAGGAGUUAGUGAAUGUAGAAGAAAACGCCCGCAUCUCCAUUACCUUCUUUCGGCUGUUCAGAGUGAUGCGUUUGGUCAAGCUGCUCAACAGGGGGGAGGGAAUUCGUACCCUCCUGUGGACCUUCAUCAAGUCCUUCCAGGCUCUGCCGUACGUCGCUCUGCUGAUCGCCAUGCUGUUCUUCAUCUACGCCGUCAUCGGCAUGCAGAUAUUUGGGAAGAUAGCCAUGGUGGAAGGCACACAAAUCAACCGGAACAACAACUUCCAGACGUUUCCGCAAGCCGUGCUUCUGCUGUUCAGAUGUGCCACAGGUGAGGCGUGGCAGGAAAUCAUGCUGGCGUGUCUAUCCGGGAAGCUCUGUGACCCAGAGUCGGACUAUAAUCCUGGAGAGGAGAUGACCUGCGGCAGCGGCUUCGCAAUUGUCUACUUCAUCACAUUCUACAUGCUUUGUGCAUUCCUGAUCAUUAACUUGUUCGUGGCCGUCAUCAUGGACAACUUUGACUACCUGACCCGUGAUUGGUCCAUACUGGGACCGCAUCACCUCGACGAGUUUAAGAGGAUAUGGUCCGAAUACGAUCCAGAAGCCAAGGGAAGAAUAAAACAUUUAGAUGUAGUGACGCUACUGCGGCGCAUUCAGCCUCCGCUUGGCUUCGGAAAGCUGUGUCCUCACAGAGUAGCAUGCAAGCGUCUAGUGGCCAUGAACAUGCCCCUGAACAGUGACGGCACCGUGAUGUUUAACGCCACGCUGUUUGCACUGGUCAGGACUGCACUGAAGAUCAAAACAGAUGGUAAUCUGGAGCAGGCAAAUGAGGAGCUGCGAGCCGUCAUUAAAAAGAUCUGGAAGAGGACCAGCAUGAAGCUGCUUGACCAAGUGGUGCCCCCUGCUGGCGAUGAUGAGGUAACGGUGGGGAAGUUCUAUGCCACCUUCCUGAUACAGGACUACUUUAGGAAAUUCAAGAAACGCAAAGAGGAGGGACUUGUAGGAGUGCAUCCUACCCAGAACAACACGGCCAUCACGCUGCAGGCUGGUCUCCGCACGCUGCAUGAUAUUGGGCCCGAAAUCCGCCGUGCCAUAUCAUGUGACCUCCAGGAUGAGGAGCUAGUAGACUUUAUACCUGAGGAGGACGAGGAGAUUUAUAGGCGAAACGGUGGCCUUUUCGGCAAUCACAUUAACCACAUCAACGGCGACCCCCACCGAGGUUCCGGGCAUCAGACCAACGCCACGCAGCGCCCCCUACAGGUUCAUCCACCCCCGCACUACGCCGACAUGGAACAGCCUGUGGGCCGGCUGGACCGCGCCAACGCCAUGGCCCAACAUAAUCAUCAUCACCACCAUCACCAUCAUCACAAUCACCACAAUUCUUACAGCAAGUCACCCAAGUCCACCAACAUCAAUCUGAACAAUGCUAACAUGUCCAGCCUGCCCAAUGGAGGCCAUAAUCGCUACUACCAGCAUGCCCCGGCGAACGGCUACACCGGACCGUACUACCCAGGGGAAUACGAAAAGCCCAGAACGCCAAACGGACAGAGAAGGCGCUACUAUGAGACCUAUAUUAGGCCACGUGGCAGCAUCCGGCGCCAACCCACUAUUCGUCGUGAGGAGGAUUUUGAUGAAGACCGCUACUCUGGGGAGUACUACAGCGGAGAGGAGUUUUAUGAAGAGGACGGCAUGCUGUCGGGAGACAGGUAUCCCAGCAGCGAUCAGGAGUACGAGACGCCCCGUGGCUACCACCACCCCGACAGUUACUAUGACGAUGACGAGCAGCCCCUUUACCACGACUCGUAUAGGUCGCCAAAGAGACGGCAGCUUCCUCCCACGCCACAAGGCAACCGGAGGCCGUCUUUCAACUUUGAGUGUCUGCGCAGGCAGAGCAGCCAGGAUGAGCUUCCUCGCCAACGGACUGCUCUUCCGCUCCAUUUGAUGCAACAUCAGGUGAUGGCAGUAGCAGGGCUUGACUGGAGUAGAGCUCACAGACUCUCGCCUAGUCGCUCCACUCGCUCGUGGGCCACGCCUCCUGCCACGCCUGCCAGUAAAGACCGCACCCCCUACUACACACCCAUGAUCCGUGUGGACCGUCCGCACCGGGACAGCAUGGGUGGCAGCUACUGCUCGGUGAGGAAGAGCUCGUGGUACACGGAUGACCCGGAGUACCAGCAGAGCACCUACUCGCCGGUGCACCUGAAAAUCCCACCCGAGUACCGGAAACAGUACCACCAGAAGAGAGGGAGCGCCACCAGCCUUGUGGAGGCGGUUUUAAUAUCAGAAGGACUGGGCCGAUACGCUAAGGACCCAAAGUUUGUGGCGGCUACGAAGCACGAGAUCGCAGACGCCUGCGACAUGACCAUAGAUGAGAUGGAAAGUGCGGCGAGCCACCUGCUGAAUGGCGGAGUCAUGCCCGGGGUCAACGGGGUUAACGUGUACCCAGUCAUGACUCAGAUAGAGUACGACGUGCAGGACGUUUCGGCCAACUACAGCGACGAAGAGCCAGAAGCCGAUUCCCGGCCUCGUUAUGAGGAGGACUUGGCGGACGAAAUGAUAUGCAUCACCACGUUAUAGCGUCCGGUUAGCAGCCGAAGCUAACGGACUUGUUCGUCACACAAAACUGAAAUGCAUCUAUUGGCUUAUAACCAAAAGAAGUGCCUUCCUUUCCAGUGGAGUAGAAAGGCACCAGGAGUAAGGACACACUUGCCCCGCCUACUCUCUCCCUAUCGGUCGAGGUGCAUAUCCAUCACAGGCCCGGGGGGGUUGGGGUUGGGGUCACUUUGCCAGGGAACAGUGUUCCACUCUGUCACACUCCUGAUGGUGAUGCUUCGCAGCUUGCCGCUAAGUUGAUGAUGAAGUCUGUGCUGAACUGUGACUGGCGGCUUGUCCUGUCACUACGGGCUACGGACCGUCGACCGUCGGUAUCUUCUCCAAGGUGAUGACAAUCAGAUUAAAAAUGUCAUUACCUCAGUCACUUUAUUAAGGGUUUUUGCAUAUCACGCAUGUUUUCAAUGCAAGCUAAGUACGGCAGAUCUCCCCGUAGAGGCUGUAGUUUCCACCGAUUCAUUAAAAGGUCGAUGAGAAUUAUUAACUCUUUAGAUAACUAACUAACACCACGAAGACCAUUCUGGACUUGUCACAGAGAUCUUAUUGCUUUUUAAAACCUGGAAAUUAGAUACCUUUUUAAAAUAAAUAAAUCAAUCAAUCAAUCAAUAAAACGAGACAUUGCAGCGUUUGUGUCGGAUGCACUAGCAGGCAGGUUAUUUUUUUAACUCUAGGUUUAGCCUGUUUGGGCGUUCGUAAAAAAUUACUAUGCUGUAAAUGAAUUGUAAUAUAAAUUAUAAAGAAACUUUGGAAAGAGACAUAUUUUGUAAUUAUGUACUGUAGGAAAAAGGAAUCAGCAAUACUGAUGCUAAUUGAUGUUACUGUAUUGUGGAGAGAGAGAGAGAAAAAAAAAACGUGUGUGAACUCAUUAGAUACGGGACUCUGAUUUAAAAAAAACAAAAAAGAUUCGAAUUUUUGCUCAUAUGCAUUCUUACUGGGUUUGUGUGGGGGAAAGCGGUUUUUAACGAGAGGAAAUUCAUCUCACACCUGCAGAAGAUAUGCAAAUUCUUUUUUUUUUUGUUGUUUUGUUGUAUGCAUUUCAUCUUUUUCUCUGUAUGUGUGUGUGUGUGUGUGUGUGCGUGUGUGAGAUUACACGAAACAGCACCUUUACCCAUCCCUUCCCUGAAAUUCCAUGAAAGUAGGAAUCUCCGCUGCUGGACACUUCUUUAGGGCUUGUGGAGCUGUGGUACAUGUGGUUGUGUUGUCGUGAUACCGAGGAGGUUCGCUCCCCCAGUGUUUUCGUUGUGUGUUCAUUGUGCACGGGAGGUUUGACGUCAGAUGCUCUUACGCUUUCGACGAUGCUGCUUAAAAUCGCGUAUUACGACUAAAGACUGAGAGGAUGGCCGACGCCGGCACGUGCUAGUCUCAUUUUCCCUUUAGCGCUACGGACUGAACGGAGCCCGCUGGGGGGUGUGACGAUCCCGAAACUGGAACCGUCGACCAGGGCGGGGCUGGAGUGGCAAAGCAAUAUCUGUUCUUAUUAUCUGUCUGCACUCGUUGUCUCUCUGGCUUAUACAUAUACCUCCACUGACGAAGGAAGACGACGGCCCUGAUUUACUAACAGCCCGAAUAAGAUGCGCUCGUGUUUUUAUGCGAAGGGAUCAAUUCAGCAUGUCGCCAGUGAUUUACAAAUAACUGCAUAAAUGACCUCGCGUGAAAAGCGUAUGUCGGUACGAGUAUGUAAAGUAGGUUUCGGCACGUGUCGUUUGCUCGAUAGCCCUCAAAGACACUCCAGGAAGAGUAAGACUCAAACCCGGCACACGGGCGCAACGGCGUGACCGGGUUCUGUUUAAACGCUGUGCUGAGUGUCUAAUGUGAAAUCAACGUUGCUCUGGGAAUAUUUCAUAUUUAUAUAUAUAUAUAAAUAUAUAUACAUAUAUAUAAAAAUACCCAAUUAUUCACGUGAAUUAAUAAUCAGCUUACAAGUGCGAGCCGCUGUAACAAAUUAUAAUACGAUAUAAAACACGACUGUGUGGAACAACCUAACCUUUCAUAUCGUAUUCCUCUACGGGUCUCUCUCCUCUCGGGCUGAUCGGAUUAUUAUCCCCGUCCCCAGAACCAUAUCCAGUGCACGUUACGAGUGAGGAAUCUGCUUGGGUCUUGCUCUCUACCUCUUUUUACCUGUACCGGAAUCACCUAGACGCUGCCUCGCCAUUCAUCUUAAAACGGGCUAAACAACACCUCGAAUAUGAACGUCCGAGUCCAGACGUUCCAUGACCGACACGGCUAUUGGUUGCAGCUGAUAAUCUGGUCGUUAUUUUAAACUUGAGAUGAUAAGCCAUAACGUCGAGGGACUUUCUCGUUAGGAAAACGUAGAGAACGGUGUAAUGUUUUAUUUUGUCCUCGACUAGCGGAGGCGGACUUCUGCGAGGAUGAUACCCGCCGUUAGGUUGCACUAAUCUGCGCCUUUGCGAAGUGACUUUCUGGUGCUAAAUCGAUCCACCUGUACAGACACCACGCUGUGUUUUGCCCCCAAAUCGCUGAGGAAAACGGAAAAACCGGACGGCGUGCUAUUCCGUGCGUUUGAGAGAUCCUCCUCGAUCAGCUUGUGCAUUUGUUUUUUUUUUUUUUAUAUAUACACAGGUGUUACCAUGUUCGUGCGGGUGUUUACACAAACACAACACUUUAGUAAAUCAGGGCCGUAGUGUUUCGACCAUUGAUUUUGCUUUUUUUUUUUUUUUCUCCCCCACCACCAAAAGUAUUUGAUCCCUUCAAGUAUUUUACAUACGAGGCUUUCUCUCCAGGCGGACUUCAUCGCUUCCCAAAACACUACACGCAACACCGGAUCACGAGGAGAGAAAUAUAUAUAUUUUCCUUUAAAAGUCUGACUGCAAAGGCACUGCCUUGAAGUGUUUGGUUUCAGCACAGACUGCGCGCUGGAGGAAAGGGACCUUACAGGACUGAUUUCCUGAUCUGCUGAGCGAGUUACUGUGCUUUCAGUCAACCGAACACUGUCGUGAAAUCAAAAAAAAAAAAAAAAUCAAAAAAAAAAAAAAAAUCGUGGGUUUAACCACUGCAUGUGCACAUCUAAAAGGGCUCUGAAAUGUUUUGUGAGGAUAAAAUAUAUGUACAUACAUAGCGUUCCAGUCUUUAUGUGAAUAUAUCUUGUGAGAGGACCAAUGCGCAUUCUAGGCACAUUGUACUAUUUGUAGCAAUUACUCUAAAAAAAAAACAAAA